GUACUCUCACUAUUACGUGCUGAUCGUGUAAUAAGGAGAGUUGGCGUUUGUGGAUACAGUGGUCAUACAGGACCCUUACUACUGGACCAGGAUCAUUUACGCAAAGCUCGUAGACUAUUCACAAGUGCAGAUACGUGCUCUCAUUCUCAUGUGUUUGUCUCGGGUCACUCCUUUAGGAGUGUGCCAUCAACCCGCGGUCCCUUCAAGCUGCGCGCCUGAACGCAAAUGGAUUAUAGUAACCUGAUGGCGCCUCCGGUACCGCCGCACAAACCCAGAACUCCCAGCCUCGCGCACGGACAGGGCAGGCUGUUAAAGUGCGUGUUUCUCGGCGACGGAGCCGUGGGGAAAACCAGCCUGAUUGUCAGCUACACGACGAACGGAUAUCCUACGAAAUACGUGCCGACAGCCUUUGACGAUUUCUCAGCGGUUGUACAGGUGGAUGGUCAGCCUGUCAGACUUCAGCUGUGUGACACUGCUGGACAGGACGAAUUCGAUAAAUUGCGUCACUUCUGCUACACGCGAACCGACGUCCUCCUGUUGUGCUUCAGUGUGGUUAGCCCCGCCUCCUUCCAGAACGUCAGCGAGAAAUGGGUACCGGAGAUUCGCCGCCGUUGUCCCCUCACACCCGUGUUGCUGGUGGGCACCCAGUGCGACCUGCGCCAGGACGUCAAGGUCCUCAUCGAACUGGCACGCAGACGCGAGCAACCCGUCCCGGAAGAGGACGCCCGCAUGCUCGCGGACAAAGUCGGAGCGGUAGCCUACGUGGAAUGCUCCUCCCUCACACAGAAAAACUUGAAGGAGGUGUUCGACGCCGCCAUCUCCGUAGGCCUCCGACAUUCGGACCGGAGAGCAAGGAGAGAACGGAAGGUCAACAGUACUGCUGAUAAAAUCAAAAUAAUCUCAAAGUCAUGGUGGAAAAAAUAUAUCUGCAUACAGUAGCAACAAUGGAGCAGAUCUAUCAUAGAGGAAUGAAGAAUCUGAUAGACACUGGAAAACUUUAUAGUACUCGUAUGGAUGAUAAGACUCGGUAGAGUGUCCACGAGAGCAAAUGUGUAAUGAUACUGAUAGCUUCUCAGUACUUUAACCAGUUUGAACAUUGAAUCAUUUCCUCAAUCGCUUUACUGGAAUUCGAACAGUGCUGGUUAUUCCCAGUUCUUGAUGGACUGAAAAAAAGACAUUUUAUUAUGGUUUUGAAAAUCAUCUACUGCUUUUGUUUUUAUAACCAAAUAUGGUGCAACACUAUAUACUUUAUAUUUAUUUAGCCAUGUCGCCUACCCGAAAAAUGCAUGAAUAUCCAGGUCGCAUGUUAUUGAUCCCAGCAUGCUGAUGGUUCUUCAAAAAUUUUAAGUAUUUUGGUGAACUUUUUUUUUUUUUAAAGCAUAUUAAGAGGCAACUAGAGAUGCAUCGAUAUAAUCACAUCGGUUGAUAAAAGCGGCUAACAAAAUUUCUUUAAAAACUGCAGAUAGUCAUGGCCGAUAUAUCCUGUCAAUCAAAAGAGAACAAGAAAAUGCAAUAAAUGUAAUGUUUAUUGUUCAAUAUUAAAGGUCAUUAUAUAAAUGAAUAACAUGAAAAUGAAUUUAAUCUUCAGAAUGUAGUUAAUGCAAGUUUAUAUAACCCCCAAACUAUCUGUAUCGGCAGAUAUCAGUCUGAACAAUCGGUGGGAAAAUUUAAAUCCGUGCAUCUCUAGAGGCAACCCAAAAAAGGUUCAUUCAUAUCCCAAAGCUUUGUACUGAAAUGAAGCAGCUGUUCGUUGUGUGCCUUUAUUUGAUCAUUUUGAUUCAUUAAGAUCAUCAAGUGUAAAUUAACACUUUUGUCUUUGCAAUGUGAAACAAAUUGUGUUUAAUUUGGGCUUUGCAUGAAAUGAGUUGCAUAAAGGUGAAAGGUUAUAAGCGACAGGUCCAAUUUGCGUUUGUUAAUGCCAAAUCUUUGUUUAACUGUCUUUUUUCUAUUUGUAAUGUGCCAUGUUUAAUACAAAGUUAUUUGGCCGCACCCUCUUGUUUAACCAGCGGCCAAUGAGAUUUGUUGAAUUUGCUUCUCAUUAUUCAGAAGCCCAGAUUCAGUCAGUCAGUCAGACAUCAACCAAAAACAACAGAGUGCAACAGGAGGAGGGUUCCAAAAGUAAAAAUUCGGUCUGUUUGGUCUUCAGACAAAAUUAUUUUGAACAUCUAUGUCUUUCAAGACACGAUGACCAUGUACUUCAAGGUUACUCAGAAAUAAGAGUUACUUCAGUGGAAAUCAUAAAUGUGUAUGAACUUACUAUGAUCUUUGAAUAUUUCAAUGAUUCGUAUGGGGAGAAAAUUAAGUCUUUAGUCUACAAACUUGGCCUACACACUGUAAUUUGGAUCUUUGUAUAUUUUGUAAUAAACUGCAAAUAUGUGGGGUUGGAUAUUGGAGAGUCUUUAUAGAUUUAUAUAAAACCAUGACAGAUUUAGUUAAUCUAAAAAACUGAAAUGUAAAAAAACUUCUGGAACCCAGAUGGGCGUUAACUUUUGCGUCCCAUACACCACACCUGUUUUAUUGUCACAGAGUAAUCUAUUGUCGAUUUGUACAAUUAUGAUUGUAUUUUAACUUUCUUUUACUUUUUAAACACUCCUGUUUGGACGGAGUAAGAGUGUUUGGGUUGCUGACUGCUAUCCGUGAUUUCAUGGAAAAUAAAUGUGAUGUUUUAACUAAAA